CAUGAUGUACAGAUUAGAGAGGGUGGCACUGAAGAAACAACAGGAAGCAGAACUGGAAGGUAGCAGAAAUUAAGAUGCUGAGGUUCUCGCUCGGAGUGAGCAGGUUGGAUAGGAUUAGAAAUGAGCUCAUUCAAGGGACAGACAAAGUUGGAUGUUUUGGAGACAAGGUUAGACAGAGUAGACUUAGAUGGGUUGGACAUGUUCAGAGGCGAGAGAGUGAGAGAGUAUAUUGUGAGAAGGGUGCUGAGGAUGGAGCUGCCAGGCAAAAGAGCGAGAGGAAGACAAAGAAAAGGUUGAUGGAUGUUGUGAGGGAGGACAGUGGGUGUUAGAGAGCGAGAUGCACUUGGAUGGAAAAAGAUGACAUGCUAUGGAGACCCAUAAUGGGACAAGCCGAAAAGAAAAGAGGAAGAUAUUUUUCAGACCUCUUGUGGCGGGUUUAUUCAAGAUGGAGUUGAUGUCUGCGUUGCAGUUUUUGAACCUUCACCAAGUCCCACAAGCUUGGGUGAAUGAUGUGUGGGAUUCAGAAUUUACAGCGACAAUACCAAUGGAAGAUAACAUAGAAUGGGAACUAGCAUCUUGUGGAGAGGAAGAUUUUAAAAGUCUGUACACAUGCCUACUGGUUCUUUCGAAGGAACAGUUGGAGUUUUCAAGCACCGAUGACCGUUCACAGUGGAUCUGGGAACAACUUAGGGAGAGUGGUGUCUCGGUGCAAUCUUUGGUGGCAGUGCUGUCCUUCUUUGUAUUGACAGCAAAAGCCAAAGCCGCAAAUGCUCAACAGAGGGUCAGAAGCCUCCAUGCUGCGUCCCUCUAUCUGUUACUGCUUGGAAUCCCAGGAAGUAUUGCAAACAAAGUUUUUCACGAGAUUUUUUUCCACACGUGCUUGCGUGCAACAACUCAGUGCUGGCCUCAGGACAUUGGCAGAAAACGCAAGAAGGACACGCUUAAAAGUUCUCAAGCUGAGGGCAAACGUUCCAAACCACACCGGAAGGAAAUUCAAGAGGACCCCUUAGAAGGAUGGCAUCCCCAGCAGGAGAGGACUCAAGCACCUCCUUCGAGGACUACAAAAAGGAUGGAAAUGGAUGAAGAGGAGGAAGAGGAAGAGGAACUCCAUUUAUCAAGCCAAGACCUUAAAAGGAUCCGAAAUGCAUUGGUUCUUCUGGUUCAAAGUCUCCUCAGACUUCUGCAGACUUUCACACUCAGAGACAAACCCCAAAGUGCCUACAAUUGUACUCAGAUUUUUAGCAAGUUGCUUUACUUUGAGCCAGUCAUUGGAGAGAUAAACUUUGCUGUUGGACAAAAUAUUAAUAAAAUGCAGAGCAUCCCUGAGAUGGCCUUCUAUGGCAUGCAGAUGAUUUGCACACCAAAACAUGGAGACCAAAAAGAAUCCCUGAGGAGAGUUUUCCACAGACUUCUCUAUGUGAUCCUGAUGAUGAAUAAAGGCGACAGAGGGAGACCAACCUUGCUUGUACCAACUCCUGCAGUACUCGCCGCACGUGAUCAAGCCAUACAAUUUGUCUGUCACAUUGUGAAUGAGCUGAAGGAUCUGGCACUUCCUUUCUUAAAAGUGCUCCUGCAGCACAUUUGUUUCCAGAUUGUGGAAAAAUGUGAAUUUAGAUACCAUGGAGCCCAGGCUGUUGGCAUCCUGACAUCUGAGAUGUCAAAUACAGACUAUGCACACUUCAUCAGGUGGCUGCAUAACUUCUCAAGACACUCAAAGAUGGUGUCACGCCUGUUCUCUGUGGAUGUCGUGAUGGUUCUACUCGGGCAGCCGGAGAGGAGGCCUGAGGAAUAUGACGAUCCGAGUCUUUCCUGCUACUUGCCACACCAGUUCCUAAUUCAGAGCCUCUUGUUUGCGCGACGUAAUGACCCCUCACCCACUGUCCAAAGCCACUUCUUCACCUGCCUGGCCCAGUGUCUGGAAUUGCCUUCACACAAUGCCACCUAUGCUGUCCAAAACCUCUUCUCUGCCACUGUAACACAGACUGUAUUGGAAGGGGAAAGUACAGAAGGAACUUCCCAGCAGCAUCAGAAAACCUACCAUUCUUUGCCAUUCAGGACUGUUGAGGUCUGUAGCAACGACAGCAUUUUCUCUGAUGCAAAAGAGAACAUCACUCUUCUCUUGCGGCGUAUACAAGACUCCAAAUCUAAUGUUCGCAAAUCGGCACUGCAGGCCCUUGUGGGUCUUCUGAAGCAUGGUGUGAUCCCAAUGAAGUGGGAGAACCUGUCUAUGCUUUCAGAGCGCUGUAGAGACCCGGCUGUAUCUGUGAAGAAGAAAGCAUUGCAGUGUGUGGGAGAAAUCCUGGAUGCUAGACCAGAUUGCAACCUAGUGCAGAAAGCAUGGCUACAUGGUGUGGUACCAGCUGUGGUGGAUUCUGAGAACUCUGUCCAGGAGAAGUCCCUGGAGGCUCUGGACCACUUCUUGCUCAGCCAGGUCAAACCAUACUCUGCGAGCCGUCAUCUGGAUGCCAGUCAGAGGCUGACCUGGAAGCUGCUAAAUAUGCUUUGUGAUGAAUGUCAGAACCUUAGCCAGUAUUUCAAUCGAGCCAUCACUGUCUGGACGAAACAAAAUCAGUUGACUGCAACAUUUAUAAAUAACCUAAUUUCACACACUGAGGCUGAUCACAGUGCUGGAGCCUGGCUGCUACUUUCCACGGUAGUUUCUGCAUCACCCCAAAUUCCUUGUGGAAAAAUUUUGGAUUUCUGGGAAGACAUGGUCAGCUCAAAGAAAGUGAGUGUGACAACCUGUUGUCACAUUAUGUGUGUGAUUGGAGAAAUUUCUGCUCACUUAAAUGAAGACACAAAAGAUAGGAUAGUUGAUGAUUUAACGUGUUGGUUGAAGUCCUUUACCAUGUCACUUGAGGUUAUCAGUGCAGCUAUCGAUACUCUUCACCAACUUGGCAGCAGUGAAGAUAUCAAACAGACCCAGUCUUUCCUGAAUCAUCACUGUGGUCAGCUGGUGUCAGUCUGUGAGGAUUAUUUAGCUGGUAUCAUCCUGAAUGAAAAUGGAACCCAAAACAUUAAUGAGGAGCUAAUGGUGAAAUACCUUCACACUUUUGGUCUUGCGUCGCUCAACUGUCCUGCUAGAGUGACCCAAAGAAUGAUCCUGCUUGUGGAAUCUAUCCUCACCACACACAGAGGGAGAUUCCCAGAUUCUCAGGAUGAGCUAACAGCUUCACUGCCUGUCUCGAAGUUUAAAGCAAACUCACUGCCAACCAAAGUCAGAGCACAUGGUGUCAUUACUUUGGGUAAGCUGUGUCUGCAGCAUGAGGAACUCGUCCAAAAGUACCUGCCAGUGUUUGCCAGGGAGCUGAAGGUUGGCACAGAAGUCGCUGUACGCAACAAUGUUGUGAUUGUGAUGUGUGAUCUAUGUGUUCGAUACACAAAUCUGUUGGAUCACUAUAUUUCCAACAUUUCUGCCUGUCUACGAGAUGAUGAAGCAAUCAUCAGGGAGCAGACUCUCAUCAUGCUGACCAACCUCCUCCAGGAGGAGUUUGUGAAAUGGAAGGGUUCUCUCUUUUUCCGUUUCAUGGUGGGGCUGGUUGAUCCUGAGCCUGCCAUUGCCAGUCUGUGUGAGUACUGUCUUGUCCACUUACUCCUGAAGAAGAACCCAGAAAUGUUUGGCCAACAUUUUAUUGAGUGCAUCUACCACUUCAAUUCCUACAGUGGACACAAUUCCUACAACAAGUUCCCUCAAACUGGAAGUGAAAAAGUUAGGUUCUCCCUCAAAGGUCCUCAGCAUCGUGAGAAACGUUUUCGGAUUUACCGGUUUCUGCUGCAACACUUCAGUGAUGCUCAGCGCUUCAACAUCACCAACAAGAUUAACCAAAGUGUACUGGCUUGCUUUGCAGUUGAAGAGCUUCCUCUUGAUGCAGAUGGUACAAACAUUUUGUCAGAGACUUUCAACAUACUGACUCUGAAGGAGAUGAAGCUGCAGGUCACGUCUCCAACACUUGGAAGUGCUGUAGGAGAGGAGCAGGAAGAGGGCAACAUGGCCACUAUGGCAAAAGCAGUUCUUCAGGCAGUUCAAAAUAAUAUGGCUUCUCAGGUCAAGAAGAAGGCCUUCAUAGAGAACACGGUUCCUCUUAUUAUUAGCCUCAAGCACUUAUUGGAACGGAAAAAGUCUCCUGUUCUCAAAGAUCUCACUAAUUACCUAAAGGUGACAAUGCAAGACUACCGUCAUGAAGUAAAGGAUUUUUUUGCCGGAGAUGAGCAACUCGCAGCAGAAGUGGAGUUUACCCUGAAGGAAGCUGAAAAGGAGCGUCAGAUGGUGAAGCAGAUGGAGAACUGCAACUUAAAUGAACAUCACAAAAUGCUUACCCAUCAGGACUCAGUCCAUUGCUCUCCUGUUCGGUCGAGGCUUUUGCAUCCUUAUGUCUUCUCCACUCCACAGCCACAGGGUCCAAAUCGCCUGCCAGCAAGACAAACAAAGUCUGAAUGGCAUUUGCGUGUCCUUCCCAGAACAAGGUCAAAAUCCAGCUCUCUGGAAAGAACAGUAAUACCUCAAGGUGGUGUGGGUAACAGAGCCAUCAGCACACCCAAUGGUGACAUCUUCAAUGUAACCUUUGAGGGAUUCAGUGCUAUCUACAGUGAUAAAGCAACAAGUUCCUAUGAGGAGACGAACGUUCUUCAUGUUCGGUCAGAUGAAAAGAAGCCUGCUGGACCGAGGCAGUGGAAUGUACAGUCUCCUCUCCGUCUGAAAAAGAAAACCAAUGUCUAAUUCACAUUUACAUUGUCUUAUUUUACAUUUUUUUGAGUUUUCUUACCUUUGGUGUUGAACAAAGGGGCUUCUAUAUUUUACUUGAGGUUGUUACUCUAUUAUUGAGGGUCCAUGAGCACCUUACAUGAAUGUUUUCCAUUUCCCCACUACUCCUCUAAGAAGGCCAUAUAUUGCCUGGUUUUUGCAGCAGACAUAAGAUUAUACAUUGUUGUAAAAUGUAUUAUAUACUUAAAAAAUAAACAUCUGAAACAAUUUA